GAGACUUCCAUUCCUGAGUCAAUUCAAAGUUCAGCCUCAUGCGAAACAAAGUCUGAACUCACACAGGAUGUUGAAGAGACCAGUGAAAGCCCUUCAGACAGCUCAGAGGAAGAACCAGACACUGUCGUGGUUCAAACAACACCAGAGCCUACAGAUUCUGAGAGGAAAAGGCAAAUGAAAAAAAGGAAAACUGUGUUCCAAAAAGUGUCAGAAACACUGAAAAAACGUUUUAAAAGAAAAAUAGAACCCAUAUCUGAGGAGGCAACAUCUGAAGAGGACACCGCUGAUGGUUCAAGCUCUUCUGAAUCAACAGUGAUAGACGAGAACGCACCAGAGCAGAAUGUCUAUGAAGAACACAGAAGUGAUGAGGUUCUGUUGCCUUCUUCUGCUAAAGAGGUGAGGGAACCAAUACCUGAGCCGGUGGACAGCCCCUCUCGGGGGUGUCAUGAAACAGUGAGUGAGACUUCCAUUCCUGAGUCAAUUCAAAGUUCAGCCUCAUGCGAAACAAAGUCUGAACUCACACAGGAUGUUGAAGAGACCAGUGAAAGCCCUUCAGACAGCUCAGAGGAAGAACCAGACACUGCUCAAGAGGUGAAGGAACCAAUACCUGAGCCGGUGGAGAGCCCCUCUCGGGGGUUUCAUGAAACAGAUGUUGAAGAGACCAGUGAAAGCCCUUCAGACAGCUCAGAGGAAGAACCAGACACUGUCGUGGUUCAAACAACACCAGAGCCUACAGAUUCUGAGAGGAAAAGGCAAAUGAAAAAAAGGAAAACAGUGUUCCAAAAAGUGUCAGAAACACUGAAAAAAUGUUUUAAAAGAAAAAUAGAACCCAUAUCUGAGGAGGCGUCAACAUCUGAAGAGGACACCGCUGAUGGUUCAAGCUCUUCUGAAUCAACAGUGAUAGACGAGAACGCACCAGAGCAGAAUGUCUAUGAAGAACACAGAAGUGAUGAGGCUCUGUUGCCUUCUUCUGCUAAAGAGGUGAGGGAACCAAUACCUGAGCUGGUGGACAGCCCCUCUCGGGGGUGUCAUGAAACAGUGAGUGAGACUUCCAUUCCUGAGUCAAUUCAAAGUUCAGCCUCAUGCGAAACAAAAUCUGAACUCACACAGGAUGUUGAAGAGACCAGUGAAAGCCCUUCAGACAGCUCAGAGGAAGAACCAGACACUGCUCAAGAGGUGAAGGAAUCAACACCUGAGCUGGCAUGGAGCCCCUCUCAGGCAUUUCAUGAAACAGUGAAUCACCAAAAUCCUGCUGGUUUCCAGCAAGCCACAGCUGAGCCACCUGAAAUGGGCUAUCCAGAGGCCACAGACUUUGCACACAUGGAGCAGCAGCUGACAGAGUUCUUCGUGAUUGUGCUAGAAUAUGUCAGAAAUAUCAGCAUAACUAUCUACAUGGAAUCAAAUAAUCCGCCGCCUCCAUAAAGAAAAGAACAGAUUGACGAGAACAUCUGUAAAAGUGGUCAGUCCUGAAUGCGUCCCCAAGAGUCUGACUUCAGUCUCAGCCUUCUCUACCUUAACUUUCUCACCAUUCUUUUUUAUCCCCCUUUCCGUCCUCUUUCUUUCCCUUCUCUUAAUUACUGGUGAUGGUCA